AUGGGCUCCAAUCCCGAGGGCGCCAAGACAGGGGGAGAAUGGGACUUUAUUGUCUGUGGAGGCGGCACCGCGGGCUGCGUGGUUGCCGGUCGCCUGGCGGAAGAUGCCGCGGCCAGGGUCCUCGUCAUUGAGGCCGGCCCUCACAACGAGAACCUCGAGACCGUUCACAUGGUCGGCGGAUGGUCGCAGAACUUUGACAAGGAGACGGACUGGAACAUCGUCACCCAGCCUGGGUCUGGCAUCAACGGCCGCCAGGUCAAGCUCAGCCGGGGCAAGUUCCUUGGCGGCUCGUCGGGGUGCAACGGCACGCUGUGCAUCCGCGGCUCCAAGCAGGACUACGACGACUGGGGCGUUCCCGGCUGGAGCGGCGAUGACUUUUUCAAGUACAUGAGCAAGGCCGAGUCCUUCAAAGGCAAGCCGUGGUUCAAGGCCGACGAGGCGGCGCAUGGGUAUGACGGCCCUCUGGGCACCGAGCCGCACGACCUGGCGCCCAUCUCGGAGCGCAUCCUCGAGUCCAUGGAGUCCAAGGGGCUCCGGCUCGACCACGACAUGUUCUCGCACGGCGCGAACCCGCACGGCUGCGGCCACGUGCCGCGGACGGUGACGGACGGGCUGCGGACCACGGGCGCCGACUUCAUCACCAACAAGUUCAAGCGCGACAACGUCACCGUCCUGACCGGCGCGCACGUCGACAAGGUCCUCAUCGAGAAGGACGCCGAGGGGGAGCUGAGGGCCGUCGGGGUGCGCGCCGUCCUGGCUGACGGGUCCGUGUUCGAGGGUAAGGCCGGCAAGGAGGUGAUUGUGAGCGGCGGCGCGUAUUGCAGCCCAAACAUCCUGAACCGGUCGGGCAUCGGGGCCAAGGACGAGCUGGACAAGCACGGCAUCGCCACGCUUGUCGAUCUGCCCGCGGUCGGCAAGAACCUCAUGGACCACCUGAUCGUCUUCAUCUUCUACGAGACGGACAAGCCCGGGCUGACCAACGACCACCUGGUGUACCACGGCGACGCCUUCAACAAGACGUACCAGCUGUGGAAGGACGAGAAGAAGGGCUUCCUGUCGACCUUCCCGUUCGGCGCCUUCGCCUUUGCGCGCCUCGACGAGCGCCUCGCCGACUCGGAGCUGUGGACGUCGGCGCCGCGCCAGCCCGGGCGCGACCCCAUGGGGCUCACGCCGGCGCAGCCCAACAUCGAGUUCUUCACGACCGAGUGCUACGGCGGGCCCAAGCAGUACGACCGGUUCCCCGCCGACGGGCAGCACGCCUUCAGCAUGAUCGCGGAGCUGUUCGGCCCGCGGUCGCGCGGCACCGUGGCGCUGCGCAGCGCCGACGCGGCGGCCGUGCCCGUCGUCGACUGCGGCUACCUGACGGAUGCGCUCGACGUCGAGGUGCUGGCCGAGGCGUGCCGCUUCGGCAACGAGAUCAUCACCGAGGGCGCGGGGACAAAGGACCUGGUCAAGGGGUCGUGGCCGCCCGAGGCGGCGCAUCACCGGUUCAAGACGAGGGAGGACUGGGUGCCGUACGUCAAGGAGCACGCGACGACGUGCUACCACGCCGCGGGGACGUGCGCCAUGGGCACGGCUUCGGACCCCAAGGCCGUCGUCGACGAGCAGCUGCGCGUCAAGGGCGUCAAGGGCCUCCGCGUGGCGGACACGAGCAUCAUGCCGGUGCUGCACGGCGGGCACACGCAGAUGCCCGCGUACGGCAUCGGCGAGAAGGCGGCCGACCUGAUCAAGGCGACGUGGAAGGCCAAGGCAUGA